CUUCCGGGUAUUACUAGCGGCAACUGAGAAGACAAGUUGAUUAAGAUAUGUAACUAACAAGCAGAUCUUGUGUUUGUUUUUCAAAAAGUAGGACUAAAUAUAUCACGUAGAAUUUGCACUUUGGAUGGACAUGGAGGGACCAUCUGCUUACUCGACCGCAUCUCUGCGCGUUGCUGGAAGGAGAGACUCUGGUGGGGAUAUAGAGGCUGACCCGAGCCGUGACACGAAACACUUUCGCGUUUGUCGUUUCAUCAUGGAGACAGGAGUGAAACUCUGCAUGCGCUCGGUGCCCAUGGCUACAGCAUGUGUGCUCUAUCAUCGUUUCUUUGAGAGGGUCAGUAUCCAUGCCUAUGAACCCUACCUAGUGGCCAUGAGCUGUGUGUACCUGGCUGGUAAAGUGGAGGAGCAGCACAUCAGGACCCGUGAUAUCAUCAAUGUAAGCCACAGGUAUUUCAACAGUGGCAGUACUCCUUUAGAAUGUGACAAGGAGUUCUGGGACCUGAGGGACAGCGUGGUGCAGUGUGAGCUCCUCAUCCUCCGACAGCUCAACUUCCAAGUCUCCUUCGAACACCCCCACAAGGUAUAUUUGCUCCACUACCUGCUGUCUGUCAAGUCACUUGUGAACCGCCAUGCUUGGUCUCGAACUCCUGUAGCUGAAACUUCCUGGGCGCUGCUUAGAGACUGUUACCAUGGAGCCAUGGUCAUCCGCCACAGACCCCAACACAUCGCCAUAGCAAUGCUGUACCUGGCUCUAAACAGCUAUGGAGUGGAACUGCCUGCUGGGGAGAGAGAGUGGUGGCAGGUGCUGUGUGACGACGUGAUGAAAGCAGAUAUCGAUGCUGUGAUCGCAGACCUUCUUCAGCUCUACGAUAUGGAGGCCAAGUGUAUCUGAACAACACACCUACAAGACCAUCACAUCUCUGUUUUGCCACUUGACUGUGCAGUACAAAGCUGAAUGUGUGUUAUGGUGCACAUUGUAGUGUAAAACUGUACUUAUAUAGUGCUCUGCUACAACUGAGCACUCAAAGCGCUUGUGUUCAGGUGUGUCUAAGGUAGAAGAGCACUUUGUGUCUUUAACCCAGUUAUUCUGUGAGUUAAAAAAAAACAUGCCUGCACUACUGAUUUCUUCCAGUGUGGGGAGACAUUUCUUUCAUUUCUGAUCUGUUAUUUGUCGGCCUUGCACUGCAUAAUACAUCCUGAGCGCUUCAAAAACAUGCCGACUCUCAGUACCACCGAUCUCUUCAUAUUCCACACAUCACACAUUUUUACUACAAAUGCUAAAUGGUGACUACUCUUAGAUCUUUCUGGACUAGGGUAGUACAGCACAGUUUUUUUGUUUGUUUGUUUUUUCUUUGAGAUUAUAGGCUUGAUUAGUACCUUGCAGAAUAAACCUGCAUAUUUUCAAGGACAAUGGAUGCUACAUACUGGAUACCAUAAAUAUCUUGUAUUUUUACAAUGCAUAGUAUUCACAUGCAAAUGCAUUGGUUGGAUGAAGUAUUAUAGAGGAAUAUCUGGCAGCAGUGUAAUUUCCAUUAAUCCAUUCAUUUUAUUAACUACCUGUUCAGUUCAGGGUCACAGGAGGCCUGGAGGCUAUCCCAGCCACUUUAGGGCGAGAGGCAUCAUAUGCUAAACAACUUGCAAGUCUGUUUCAGGUCUAGCAAAUCUUUACAUAUUCAUGCAUUUUCUCCAUGUAUAAUAAUGUUUACAUAUUAUGAUUAGAAACUGUUUGUAAUUUAAAGGGGGCUCUUUCUGAUAAUAAUACAAAUAUUUGGGACUCAUUUUCCCUAUAUUCUGUCAGAAAUACAUUGUGUUACAAUGGCUUUCCACCAGGAAAGAUGUUAAACCAGCAAGUGGAGUCGGG